CUUCACUGCAAGUUGUGACGCAAGCAUGAACGAACUGUGCGUUUCUGGGAAAUGUUGAUAUACAGCUUGCCUCAGCCUAGGCAUUGCACUCUCUGAUACUCUAACCAUUCCACCUCAACAGACGACCAACUUCUCGUGCAAUUGACUCGCACAUUGCUACGACAUGGACACCUUACGAUCUGGCGCUGCUGCAGUAGCAAAUGGAAUCAGCAGCCUUGCUGCAGGAGUGACUGGCACAGAAGCGUCAAGACAAGUCCAAAUACACAAAGAGCAUCCAGAUUACAUCAAGAGUCAGACCGAGCAAGAGCAGAUCCACAGAGAAGGCACCGAGUACAUCAAAGACCAAGUAUUCAACAAGUCACCUAGUGCGGAAAACCCAGACGGGUGCUCAGCCACCGGUACGACCACUGUCGUCAAGGACAGAAAUGCCAGCGAUGCGCCCGGCCAGCAAGAAUAUGGUCUCCCUCCACCCCCGGGCUCCCUACCAGUCGACCCAGCCACCUCAAAUUCUGGUCUAUCCUUCAAACAUCCCGGUGAAGAGCUCGAUCGCACGCAAAGUGAGAAGGAUGAACGUAAUCGACCAGGCAACACCGACCUCAUCAGAAACGAUCCUGCCAGCAAUGCAGCCGCUGGCGCUCCCGAUGCUCUCCAUAGACCCUUUUCAAAGAACGAGCCUCAUGGCAAAGAAGCAUGAGAAGGACGGCUAUUACCAGGGCAAAGAAACAACACGUGAACAUCUGAAUCACCAGACUGGAAUGAGAAACGAAUACCCGGAAUCCAUACCUGCUGCAGGCGGACAACAGCUGGGGUCAGCAUUGGGGUGAAAGUAAGAAGAGAGAUUAGGAUAGAACACAGUAGUUCUAAAUCCUCACAAAUUUACGAAUCGACCAAUAUCCGAG